GUUUGUGUUUUUUUUUUUUUUGAUAAAACGGGUAACGUGAAAUAUCCUGUCUUGCUGUGUUUUCUUUAAAGCCACUAGUUUGGUCUUCUUUAGACAUAAAACACAAGCUGACUGCAAAAUUUGAGUCUGAAUUGGAGCUUGAGUUCAGAUUUGUUGGUGAAGGUAAUUCCGGGGCGAACCGCGCCCCCUGUUGCGCGUGAAGCGGUCAGGGUAGGAAACAUGGAGGAUAGCAUCUCCUCAGUGUCCUUGAAUUACACACUGUGUAAAAGGUAGCGGACAACAAAAGCCACCCGAUGCCCGCAUUUCUGCUGAAAUGCGGGGUUUGUGUAAUCUGGAACUUGCACACAGUCGCCUUUUCCCGGUCACUUCUGUACCUGCUGUCACCUUUACGCACACUUGAACUUGGGUAAGCUAUCCACUGUCUCCUCUGUUGCGCACCACAGCGCCGACUCCCUCCUCCCGUGCUCUUCCUCCUCCUCCUCCUCCUCCUCCUGCAGCACCGCUCCGCGAGCUGUAACGGGACACUUUCAGUGCUCCAAACCUUUACUCGGUUCCCAUCAACGGUAUGUUCAGACUGUCUGCGCGCCUUCCAUCGGAGCGGAUGAUGCCGGAAAGGCGUCCCUGUUAUUGUGACAUGUGGUGGCUAGUGAUGAUCGCUGACUCCCUGACGUGGUGCUGAAUGAUCGGAGGAAUUGAGAAGCGACAUUGAGGGAUUUUACUCAAAACUGAUCCGGCCGUCUGAAGAUGAGCUCGGGGCUGAGGACGGUAAGUUGCCUGCAUGAUGCCACCACAGGUUUAGACCCUCCCUAAUCCUGUUGUGGUGACACAGAGGAUCUUCCUCAGUUCCCCAAACACCCCAGCACUGCACAUUUGGCUCCUUAACUCAUGCAGCUCAUUCUCUGCUGCUGUCAGCCAGUGAUCAGUCCUAACCUGCUCUCUUUAUUCAGGCUUGCCUUUGCUAGACUGGCUUCAGAACAGGAUUACCCACUGAUUUGAUGUUGAAGUCUGGUACACAGACUCAGUCUGCUGUGGACCUCUUAUCUCAUGACGCUCUGUUGGUUGGGGACCAAAAACAGAAAAACAGCACUGCACCUUUUCUUUCUUCUGUUUGCCUACGGUAGCAGGAAAACUUUUUCAGAUCUGUAAUACCAAAAAAACUGAUGUUUAUUGAGAGUGAAAAGUUUCAGAGGGCACAGUCUGCAGACUCUCUCUGUCUUUGCUCUCUGGUCUGAGCAGUCCACUCUCCAAUCGAAGCACAGUGCUCUGUCAAUGCUGCCAUGCCCAUCAUCAGCAAUGCCAACCAUGACUUCAGCAAUCUGUCCGUCAGUGAUGACAGCAGUCUCGACCACAUAUUCACUGAGAUCCCAGAGACUGAGACUAUCAAGGGUGUGUACUACCAAAGAGCUCAGUUCAUCCGUCGGCCAGAGGACCUCUUGUCCGUCGACCAUGCUUCCUUGGCAGUGAUCAAUGUCGGGGGAAACCGCUACACCUUCCCCUGGAGCACGCUGGAGCAAUUUCCCCUCACACGACUUGGCCGCCUCUGUGGCUGCAGGUCACCCGAGGACAUCGCCAGCAUCUGUGACGACUACGAUGAAGCCCGCAAGGAGUUCUUCUUCGACCGCUCACCAUCCGCCUUUAGGGUUAUCCUCAACUUCUUGGCUGCAGGGAAACUCCGACUGCUACGAGAGAUGUGCAUCCUCUCCCUGCACGACGAGCUGACCUACUGGGGCGUGGAGAUGGCGUACAUGGAGCGCUGCUGCAAGAGGAAGAUGUACACACGCAUCGAGGAAGUGCACGAGAAAGAGAGGCGUCGGGAGGAGCGCAGGCAGAAAAACGCCAUGCAGCGGGUGACAGUGGAGGAAACACAAUACAGAAAAGUGAUGAACUGGCUAAGAGAUAUGGUAGAAAACCCACAGUCAGGCUUACCAGGGAAGAUCUUUGCCUGCCUGUCGGUGAUCAUGGUUGCUGUGACUGUUGUCAGUUUAUGUAUCAGCACGAUGCCAGACCUCAGAGAGGAGGAGGACAGGGGCGAGUGUUCGUCUAAGUGCUACAACAUGUUCAUCAUAGAGACGGUGUGUGUGGCCUGGUUCUCCCUGGAGUUCAUCCUGCGGUUCAUUCAAGCUCAGAGCAAGCUGGACUUUCUCCGCGGGCCGCUCAACAUCAUCGACGCUAUGGCCAUCCUGCCCUACUACGUUUCCUUGGUGGUGACAGAAAAGGACCCAGAGCUGGAACACGAGAGGCCGGGAGGAGGUAAGGGCUACCUGGACAAGCUAGGGCUGGUUUUGAGGAUCCUGCGAGCACUGAGAAUCCUCUAUGUGAUGAGGCUGGCUCGCCACUCUCUCGGCCUGCAGACACUGGGGCUGACGGUGCGGCGCAGCACCCGGGAGUUUGGCCUUCUGUUGCUUUUUCUCUGCGUCGCCGUCACCCUCUUCUCCCCGCUGGUGCACUUGGCUGAGAGCGAGCUCACAGGUACCCACGACUUCACCAGUAUUCCCGCCUCUUACUGGUGGGCCAUUAUCUCCAUGACGACAGUGGGAUACGGCGAUAUGGUACCGAGAUCCAUUCCGGGACAGGUGGUAGCUCUGAGCAGCAUCCUCAGUGGCAUCCUCAUCAUGGCCUUCCCUGCUACUUCCAUCUUCCACAUGUUCUCCCGCUCCUACCAAGAGCUCAAGAUGGAGCAUGACCGAUUGUUCAAAGAGGAGUGCGUGGCUGCCGCUGCAGCUGCUGCUGCCAGUGGAGAGCCACAGGAGACAGGAGGUGAUGGAGGCGGGGAGAACUCUGCUCCACCUAAAAUGCAUCUAGACAAGGAUAAUGUGCACUCGCUGGAAUCUCUGGCUCUGUUAGGGAAAGGUGGCGAAGCUGCUGGGAAUAAUAAUCACAGCCUUCCGGCAGCAGCUUUCUGAGCUGCAUUUGCACAGACUGACCUCUAAGAUGUGACUGUGCAGUAUACAAUGAAAGUACAGUUUUCAAACUAUCUACACAGCUCUGAGGGCAUCUGCAUUGUUUGGAUAAAAAGAGAUUAAGCAAACAUUACGCAUUUCUUUUGCUCUUCAAGGAUUUCAUAAGGAGUAAAAGUGUCCGCGGUGAGAGACACACAACCCUUUAAAUCGGAUGGUUUGUUUUGUUUGACCAGAAAGCCUCUGCAGCAAUAUUAGUAAACGGCUGCGUCCAUAAACAUGCAAUAUUCAAUCCAAAGUUGCUUUUCCUCACACUGUGAAAAUACUGACUGCAACUUUUAGUUUCAUUCUCAUUACUUUUUAAUCUGUUGCCUACAGUAUGACCUCAGUGUGUUGCGUACUGUAUACUAGCUUGAAGCCAUGCUCUAACAAACUGAUUGUUCCAUAUAUGAUACGAUUCAUCUCUCUUGUGUAUAUUUCUAUGCUUGGACUGAAAUGGUUUCUCCAUUCUCAAAUAUAAACUCCAGGUAAACGAUUAAGAAAUUGCAUAAUUAUUCCAAAUGUUUCUAAAUCAGUGACAAAAGGAACGGAUGUGGAGGAAAAAUAGGUGUUUUUAUUUGAAUGAAGACGAGCGUGAGUGAGAGAGAGUGAGCGCCAAAAACCAUGAAAUGUACUUUCCAAAGCUCCAAAUAAAAGCUCUCCUAGUAAUCUGAGAGAAAUUCAUUUUCUGGUCUGUAUUUUUUUCCUUGGUACGAUGGUCUAAUCUCUGCUCGCCUGGGAUGCUCAAUCAGAGUCCUACUGCUGAACAUUUACUCUGAGAAGAAGAAACAGAAACAGCUGUCGCUGCCAGACAGAUAAGGAUUCUGUGAAUUCUGUGGCAAUCCGCUUCUUACAUCACCUUCUCGUUUUCACACGCACAAUUACAGCACUGUGGAAGAGAACCGUGUCUCCCUACAAAUCUAAUGUUUUUAAGACAGCGAUCUCUGUAAUGUAGUCCCCAAAUCUCUGGUUAUUGUUGAUCUUCGUGUCUGGAAUAAAUCUGUCCUCGUCUCCCUCUGUUUAAUCCCGGUGUGGCCUUUGGACCUCUCAGAGUUCUUUUACUGAGAAGAGUUGCCUGCAGCACCACGGGGUCCAAGGAGGUUGUGGAGGCAUGCAGGGACAUGACAGAUGUGGAUGUAAUCUAGAUUAAAAUUGGGAUUAAAACCCCCCACAGGCAAACGGGUUACUGCCCGAAACUCAACUUCAUCCAGUUGCUUCAAAUAAUAUUUAUCUUUUUUUCUAUUAUUUCAGUGCAAUUUUUUUUUUUUGCUUUAUUGUGGCUUCCUAUCAAGUUUUCAUGCCUUAUAAUAAAGAUU